AUGGCAAACAAUGAUGGCAGAGACGCGGAAGCCAAAGAAGCAUUUGCCUAUGUAUUCUCGAUCAGUGGUCACAAGGGAUCAGGUGAUGGUGAUGAUGCAUACAAGAAGUUUGGUGAAGAGGUCAUACAACGGAUGAAAGACCCACCAUUCAGCUGCACUGUUGAGUGUAGUGGCCCGAAAUAUCAGGUGGCUUCAACAUAUGCCGGACAACUCCACGAUGCUUUCUAUGCUUACGCGAUUGCGGCAAAUCGUACUUUGACGUACGGUACUCAGCUUAACGACGGACGAAGUCUGGCAAAUCAUCUAGCAAUGGAAUUCCAAGGUGUUUCUGGAAAAGUUGUGCUUGGUCCCAAUGGCACCCGUUAUCCGACGUUCUAUUUUGACGGGCUGAAUGAUCGGUAUGAAGUGGAGUCAUUUGGUACAAUAUAUGUUGAGAAAUUGGCAGCGGGAUAUCAUUCCGAAAUUUCGAGUAUUGGUCACACAUUGAUGCUGUUACUCUUUUCGCUUUAUUUGAGAAGUACAAUUGAUGGGAAGCUGCUGCAAUGCUACAUAUAA